CUUACAAUUCAUUCUUUGUACAGUCACCCCCAACUCAAAGCUUAGCACAUAGAUCAUGCAACACCACAAAUAACAUCCGUAGAAUCCUUCACCGGACGGGCGACUUCCUGUAUCUCCGUAGCUCACAAAGCCAAGACGAGUAUCAAAGCUCCUUCCACAAAGCCUUUAUAUAGAUCUCGCUGUGAUCCGUUCUCUGCAGAAUCUCCCAUCUCAACAAGCACUCGGGUAGCACUCAAGCAAGCAACCAUCUCCAUCCCCCCAACCACGAUGCAGGAACCAAGUCCAGACCCAAAGCUGUCGCCCGAGGGCUGCGAAUCCCUCGAGCUUCUGCUCCUCCCCGCUGCAAUGCUCCGCUUGGAUAAUGUUGCUGAAACACUGCCCGGACCGCUACCUCUGGACGAGGAUCCAACCCCAGAGGCACGGGAGGCCCCUCCAGCCAUCACACUGGAACCUCCUCCGCCUGCAUCAUCACUACCCCCGAUCCCAGAGCCCACCCCCGCAACCCCAUCCACGGUGCUGCGCAUCCCCCCCCAGCAUCCCCAAACCCAUCCCCAAGCCCCGACCCCUACCCAAGCCCCCCCUCAUCCCCCUCCUCCGGCCCCAAUCGACCGAACAACAACCCCAGCCCAAACCCCCAGACCAACCCCCCUCCCCCUCUUCCCCCCCGCAAUCCCCGGAAUCACCCUCCUACCAGAAACCCCCGAAGGAUCCAGAGUCGACAUCUGGAUCCGCACCCUCACGCCCUACUUCCCCCAAGCCGCCGGCUUCACCAUCUUCCCCACCAUCAAGGUCUGCCCGCGCACCCACGUCAUGUACGACCUGAUCACCGUGUACGCCGGCCGCACCGGGCCGUACCUCACGACCGUGAUGGGGUACGAUCGUCCGCCCGAGCCGGAUGCCUGGGCGCGCCGCGUGCAGGUGCUGCAGGAUGAGUGGCGGCGCGGGGUGGCGGGGGGGAUGCCGGUUUAUGGGGCCGUUUGGGUGGGGGAUGAGGUGCGGUGGUUUUGUGGGGGUGGGAGCUGA